AUGUUGCCCCAGAAGAGAGGACAAAUACCUUCCAGAAUAGCCAUGAACAGUUACUGGAAAGUCCUGACAAUUUUCUUGCUAUUUCCUCCAAGUACGUUGUCUCUCCAGCCAGCCCCACCCAGAGUGCUGCUGGUGUCUUUUGAUGGAUUUCGAUGGGAUUACAUCUAUAAAGUCUCAACUCCCAGUUUCCAUUUGGCCAUGGAGAAUGGUGUCCAUGUCAAACAGGUCACCAACGUCUUCUUAACAAAAACCUAUCCCAACCAUUACACAAUGGUGACUGGCCUCUAUGCAGAAAGCCACGGCGUAGUUGCCAAUGAGAUGUAUGAUCCUGUUCUGAAUGAAACUUUCUCUCUGGACAGAAUGGAUAUCCAUAAAUCCGAGUUCUGGGAAGAAGCCAGCCCAAUAUGGGUAACGAACCAGAGGGAAGGACAUAAAACGGGAGCAGCGAUGUGGCCUGGAACAGAUGUGAAGAUACACGGGGUCUUUCCUACGUAUUAUAUGCCCUACAAAGAGUCUGUUUCCUUUGAAGAUAGAGUGGAUAGGCUUGUCGAGUGGUUCACGUCAGAAGACCCCAUAAACUUUGGUCUCCUGUACUGGGAACAGCCUGAUGAGAUGGGCCAUAUUCUGGGCCCAGAAAACCCGCUGAUGGGGCCGAUAAUUAGCGACGUUGACAAAAAGUUGGGGUAUCUUAUGUCUGAGCUGAAGAAAGCAAAGCUGUGGGAUGUGAUCAAUGUCAUAGUCACGAGUGAUCACGGGAUGUCCCAGUCCUCCUCGGAGAGGCUCAUCGAGCUGGAUCAGUAUGUGGAAAGGGAGCUCUACGAAGUCAUUGACCAUUCGCCGGCAGUGGCUAUUUUGCCCAAAGAAGGCAAACUGGAUGAAGUAUACAGAGCUUUGGCCAAUGCUCAUCCCAACAUGACCGUGUAUAAAAAGGAGCAGAUUCCAGAUAGAUUCCAUUACAAACACAACAGGAAAAUUCAGCCAAUCUUAGCAGUGGCUGAUGAAGGAUGGGAAAUUGUCUAUAAUAAGUCUGAUGGUUUUCAGUUUGGUAAUCAUGGAUAUGACAACAUCCUACCAGACAUGCAUCCCAUUUUUUUGGCCUUUGGGCCUGCUUUCAGGAAGAAUGCCACCAAAGAAGUCAUGAAUGCUACAGACUUGUACCCCUUAUUGUGCCAUCUGCUUGGUAUUAACCCACUGCCACACAAUGGCUCCUUUGAGGCUGUGAAAGACAUGCUUGCUGAAGAAGUCCCUGGAGCCUCUGGAGCAGACACCUACGCUACUGCUGCAGGAGUCUUCCUGGGCAUCUCUCUUGUUAUGGUUUUCAUUGCAGCCUUUGUUAAGCAUAUUAUCCUCACCCAAACACCUACCAUGCAGAUGCAACGUUCUGAGGCUGCCCAGCCACUGUUGCAAGACUAA